AUGUGUAAGAGCCGCGGAGGGAGCGAGCGAGCCGGCUAGAGGCCAGCGCCGCCGCCGCCGCCGCCUCCGAGCCGGGCAGCAGCAGCACCGGCAACAGCCCCGGCAGCGGCGCAGGCUCCAGCGCGCCGGACCCGGCCGGCCGCAGCCCCCGACUCCUGGGCGCGCCUGCCUGCCGGCCUCCGCACCGUCCGCCGCCGCUCCCGGGGUUGUUGUGCUUGCGGCUGCUCUCGGCCGGAGGUGCAGGGAGCUCAGUCGAGCCGCCGCUGCCAGCUCGGAGCGAGCAAGCGAGCGAGCGCGCGGGAGGGAGGAAGGCGGCGGCGGCGGAGGAGGAGGAGCGGGAGGAGCGCGGGCGGGGGCGGGGGCCGCCGGGCGGGGGAAUAUACAAAGUGAAGCCACAUUGCCAAACUUGCAGCAGCGAUUGCAGCAGUUGCUGCCGCUGCGCCGCGCCGCGCCUGAAGCCGCGCCGCGCGGGCCGAGGGCUCCUGCAGCUGCUCGCGCGCAGCCGGAGGCGGAGGAGAAGGACGAAGACUGAGACUGACACUUCUGCUCCCGGCCGCCUGCCACUUACGCGGAGGCCCCCCAACCCGCCCCAGAGCAACGCGAUUUAAAAAAAAAAAAAAAAAAAAAAAAAAGCCGCCCUUAGCCCCCUCCUCCCCUUUCCUGCUUCUGCGAGAACUCCCUCCCUCCCUCCAGCUCCGCCAGCCCAGGCGCCCCUUCCCUGGAAGCCGAGCGGCUUCGCUCGCAUUUCACCGCCGCCGCCUCUCGCAAUAUUGCAAUAUAGGGGAAAAGCAGACCAUGGUGAAUCCGGGCAGCAGCUCGCAGCCGCCCCCGGUGACGGCCGGCUCCCUCUCCUGGAAGCGGUGCGCAGGCUGCGGGGGCAAGAUUGCGGACCGCUUUCUGCUCUAUGCCAUGGACAGCUAUUGGCACAGCCGGUGCCUCAAGUGCUCCUGCUGCCAGGCGCAGCUGGGCGACAUCGGCACGUCCUGUUACACCAAAAGCGGCAUGAUCCUUUGCAGAAAUGACUACAUUAGGUUAUUUGGAAAUAGCGGUGCUUGCAGCGCUUGCGGACAGUCGAUUCCUGCGAGCGAACUCGUCAUGAGGGCGCAAGGCAAUGUGUAUCAUCUUAAGUGUUUUACAUGCUCUACCUGCCGGAAUCGCCUGGUCCCGGGAGAUCGGUUUCACUACAUCAAUGGCAGUUUAUUUUGUGAACAUGAUAGACCUACAGCUCUCAUCAAUGGCCAUUUGAAUUCACUUCAGAGCAAUCCACUACUGCCAGACCAGAAGGUGAAUACCCAGCAAUUACUAAUAAGCUUUAUUAGAGCAAGUUGGAAGGUUCAACCUCUUAACCUAGCAAGAGAGUUUUCUUGGGUGGUUGUAUUUUUGCGUGCCCUUUUAAAGAAAUGUAGAUUACUAGUUGUACAUUGAGUGUUCAGAAGUAGAAUAGCUGAUUAAAUUGUGAAUCCUUUAUAGUUAAAAAAAAAUACAUCCUGACUUUGUUAUAUCUGUAGCUUCACUCACGUUGAACAUAAGAUUAUCACAUGCAAAAGCAAACGAAAUGUAAAGCCUCCAUAUAACUGGUUAUUUAUUCCAUUUGACAAUUUUGAAAUUCAGAAACAUGAUUGAUAGGUUAUUGUGGGAGAAAAAUUAGAACGUUUAUGGUAGGAAAAGAGAAUAAAGAUCUUUGUCAUGAAAGAAUGAUUUCUGCAUUAGGAAUAGCAAUCCAGACACCUGCCUUCCAAACCCAAUUUACGAUUCAUUUACUUUUAGAAGAGUAAUUUUACAAAACAUUCUGUAAUUUCAUAAGGGCAUUUUUGUUCAUUGGCGGUACCAUAACAUUUGAAUAAGUUAUGACUUUUAAAACCAAGUUCUUGUUCUUGCUAACCCGCUUAGUGCCAUCAAUAGUGCCAUUAGAGAUUAUGUAUCUUGAUUCUUGAUCCACAACUUGAAAAUCCUUAUACCAGAAUUAAAAAUUAGGAAAUUAUACAAGUAUACAGAUCAUGUAGUAUUAGAAGAUAUUCCAGAGGGAAAAUUGGUGAUCAACAGUUGUCCAGCACCCCCAGUACUGGAUAGUUUUAGAUCUAUUUUAAUCUCCUUAAUAAGUCCUAUAGCUAUGCAAGUGAGUGCAUUUUGAUAACUGCUGUGCCUAAUUUGUAACAAUUACUGUCAGCCUUCAGUUAAGAGACUGUUCAUUCCACACUGGCCCAGAAAAGAGUGAAAUGUAUGACUCGUGUGCAUAAUUUUAUUCACAUCAUAUUUCAUACUGAUUAUGUAUUGAUGACAUUGAUUCAUUUACUCUUUACAGCGCCACUUGCAUGGAUAUUAAAUCUUAUUGACCACAGAUGAAUUUUAAUUUCAGAUUGGUGAUAGAUUUUUCCAUCAGCUCUGAUAGUAUGUUUGACUUUUUCAUCAUUAACCCAGGCAAUCACACAGCACUGAGUUAUUGCGUUGAAACAAAAAGUGCACACUUCACUUGGUAAUUCUUUAUGGAUUUACAAUAGGAACUUCAUUAAUGUCUGUUGUAAGGAUCACAAAAAAAACAACAUUUAUCUGCAAAUAGGAAUUUAGCAAGCUUCAAAAAUCUCGGGGAAAAAAAUAGACUUCUUUGUCUUCUGUAAUGCAUUUUCUUAGUGCGGUGGUGGAGGUGGGUGGGUGACAAAUAUUGAAAACUUUUAACCAUUAAAAUUAUGCUGCCAUAUUUUGAUGCUUAUAUUUGUCCUUUCCCUUGCUCAAGUUUAUAAGGUAAUUUUAAAUGUAUGUUCUGUUUCUUAGUGUUAAUUACAUGACAUUAUGUGCACUUUAAUUUACUAAUAUGGGAAGCUACAUAGAAUAACCAUUUUAAGAAUAAAAGUCGAACUUUUUAAUUACAAACUAACCAGUCACUGUUGAUGAGGUAUUUCAAGCUUCUUUAAGGAGUGCCAAGACAUAUAAAUGCUUAAAGAUUUUUAAGAUUUGGAUUCUAAUGAAGUGAAUCUGCAGGGCAGAGUUGAGAACAAUGAAUGAGUAACAUAAAUAUUUUGAGAUACCUAUUCAGAAUAGAGGCAAAGCUGUUCGUAGUUACACUUGGUAGCAAAAAAAAAAAUAUGCUAGGAAUAAAAUGGUAGACCUUCUGUCCACUCCUUCCGAUGUAAAAGCUUAAUUUUUCCCCAAGUUAGAGCUUCACUUUGUUGCUGGUUUUAUACCAUUUCUUUCUCUGACUUAGCAAAGUACUAUACAAAA